UCUCUCUGAGUUUUUAUUCCCCUUACCCCACUUGCAUUGGUUUGAGGUUACUGGAACGUUCUUAUAGAAGAAAAAUAUUCAUACACUUGUGCUUAAUGUACUGUCUGGUGCACGAUGCCUUCUAAAUACCUCAAUUUCCGAAACAGUGUGCCUUGGCUAAUCUUUUUUUUGGAAGCUGUUUUUAUCAUCGUCUUUUACUUUUUGUCUUCAGGUGAUGGUAUAUCCAGAUCAAACAUCUCCUACUCAGCCUUUCAAGAUGUCAGCCACAUGGUGAUUUUUGGACUUGGCUUUUUCCUGGCAUUCCAGAAAAGAUACGGAUUUAGCAGCACUGGAUUCAAUCUCCUGAUCGUUGUACUUGGUGUCCAAUGGUCUGUGCUGUUGGAAGGUUUAUUAGUUUUCUUGUUUCAAAGAGCCAAGGAAGACGAUCUGAAAAGCAUAACAAAAGCUGUUGUGAGUAUGACUGCUGUGGUCAUCUCCUCUGCAGCUGUUCUCGGGAAGGCUAAUCCUAUCCAAUUGAUUGUGAUGACAAUUGUGGAGAUAGCGGCUUUCCAUUUGAGCAGAUGGACCAACGAGAGGUACCUGGAGGUUGAAGACAGCAUCAGCAUGAUGCAUGUUUACCUGUUCGGAGCCUACUUUGGUCUGGCAGUCUCCUUCUCCUUCUCUGAGCCUUCACCAAACCUUGAGAAGAAUGCGAGUACCCCAAAGUCGGAUUUAUUGUCAAUGUUGGGCACUCUCUUUUUAUGGGUGUUCUGGCCAAGCUUCAAUUCUGUACUAGCUGUGAAGAAGGACAAGAAUACUAUAAUCUACAACACCUACUUUGCACUUGCUGUAAGUGCUGUAACUGCCUUUGCAUUGUCUGUUAUGACCACGAAGGAUGGAAAACUCAGGAUGACACAUAUCCACAGUGCAACACUAGCUGGUGGGGUUACUAUUGGCUAUGCAGCACACAGUAUUCAGCAUCCCUGGAUUGCAAUGAUUUUGGGUCUGCUUGCCGGUGUGAUCACCAUAUUAGGAUCUCACUGUUUACAGAGAUGUUCGAAUCCUGUUCUCAGGAUUCAUGAUGCCUCUGGAGUUCAUUUCACUUUUGGCUUGCCUGGUGUGCUUGGAGCUCUUGCCCAUGUCAUUCUCUUUAUAAUAAGAAACUGGACUGAUUUACCAAGCCUGGGAUAUCCAAUAAUGAUUAACGUUGGUACCUUCUGCCUGACCAUCAGUGUGGCCUUGAUCUCAGGUUUUAUUACAGGUCUCAUUUUAAAUUUCAAAUUGUUGAAGACCACCCCUGUAUCAAAGUACUGUGAAGACCAGUUUUACUGGAAGUUCCCCCAUUUGGCUGUUGGAUUUUGAACGGAGGAACUCAAAUUACAGAUUUGACUAAGAUAAGAUUUUCCUAUUUGUCACUAUAGAAAAUUAGUAACUAUGAUGGGGUGAAAAAGCACUUACGUAUCAGUUCUCAGGUUCAAAAAAGACAUCCCAAUGCACACACAAAAAAGUAAUCAAUCAACUGUUUUAGUCACUAUUAAAAGACACUGAGUGUAAAUUUCCAGAUUCAAACUUGUAAUGCAUUCCACUUUUCUGCUUCAAUGGUCUAGCCCUGAAUAUUUUCUUAUGUAGGAGGUGUACAAGAAAGUUGGCUGCAUUCACUUCUGUAAUGGCUUAGCAAUCAAAAUGCUUGUGAACUUUAAAGAAGAAAACUAUGUUUAGCUCCCAAGUUUAAAAGCCAAAAUACGUAUUUUAAAGUACAGUUCUCCAGGGCGUACAUACUGGUUCUGAUCUAGCUAAGCAUUAAACUACUUGGUUUUAAGCUAAAUUAAUUCCACUGAAGGCCAUGUUAAGUAUGGACUUGACAAGUGAGCUGGAUCAGGGCCAGAGCCCUGCACCUUGCCUUACCGAACUCUUGAGUUUUCUAACUUGUUGAAGAAAAUCUGUAAGUGCUUGGCUAAGGCUAGCUGUUUGAAAGUUCAAAUGGCGAGAAGUUACAGCGUUCUGCUUGUGGGUGGUGCCCCCGAAAUCAGUGGCAUUACUGCUGUGUGAGAUUCGGUAGCAAACGUAAGAACAGUCUCUUAGUGAGCAGUGGCAGACUGCACCGCCACACGAUCAGCUUUCCGAAAGGCUCUGGCCUGCUGUCGGUGUACGGAUGACGGUCAUCUCUCCAGACUGCAAAGGCCGAGGGAACAGUCCUUUCUCAAGUAUUCCUAUCGACUUGAAUGGAGCUAGUUAUGUGAUGACAGAUUUAACUGGAUUGGGACUAAUUUUGUGUAACAGACUACUUGGAAACAGUGUUAUGACCCAAUUUUAGAAGUGUGUUGUGCUGUAUUGUUUUGAAAAUUUUUAGUAUUUUGAUGAAGUGCUUUGCUUUUUAAACAUUUUAAGGAACAGUAUAUAGUUUCUACACCAUAGAUAAAAUAAAUUUCAUAAUAGAACAUAGGCUUCUUUUUUUGGUACUAGGAAAAUGGUCAACUUGAAAAAAAAAUUAUCUGAAAAAGCAUCUAUUUAACACUGCCAGUUAGAUGGCAUUAAAGGUCUUGCCUUUGAUUUAAAUGAAAGAGCAGAUAUCUGCUUCUACAGAACUCAGACUGGGAGAAGCACGGGUCUUUGGUGCAUUAGUUAAGGCCUGUUCUUGCAGUGGAUUCUGUGCAACUGAACCCUUGUUUUUAAAUGAAACUCCCUGGAGGAUUGUGGUUCUCAGUGUUUCUUCUUUUCAAAAUAGUUGACACAGAAAAAUGUUGUCAAAGUGCUUACAUAAUAAAAAAGUCAAGAUUU